CUCUCUCUCUCUCUCUCUCUCUCUCUCUCUCUCUCUCUGUGGGUUAAUUGCACACUGAUGGCUUUUGGGAUGGAAUGAACAAAACCCUAGGCCUUACCACUUCACCUCCAUUUGACUGAAGCUGUGUAUGCCGUUGCAAGUGGCCCUCAUCGACGCCGGUACAAAGUUUUCCCAGCAUCCAAACCGUGGGCGAAUCCUCUUCUCAUCCAUGGCACCUCACAAGAAAUCUAAGAAAAGCAAAAGGGAACUAAAAAAUUUGAAGAAACGCAAAAACGUAAAUGGUGUGGUUCACGUAGAACCCAAAACUAUUGAAUCCGACUGGUGGGAUACUUUCUGGCUCAAGAACUCUUCAACCCAAGGUUGUUCGGUGCCCAAUGAUGAAGCUGAAGGUUUCAAGUAUUUCUUCAGAGUUUCAAAGAAGACUUUUGGAUACAUCUGUUCUCUUGUAAGAGAAGAUCUUAUAUCGAGGCCACCAUCGGGGCUCAUCAACAUUGAGGGAAGGCUUCUUAGCGUUGAAAAACAGGUUGCGAUUGCCUUGAGAAGGUUGGCAUCUGGUGAGUCCCAAGUGUCAGUUGGGGCUGCAUUUGGGGUUGGCCAGUCCACGGUUUCUCAGGUGACAUGGAGAUUUAUCGAAGCACUGGAAGAGCGUGCCAAGCAUCAUCUGAAGUGGCCUGAUUCCAAUAGAAUGGAGGAAAUCAAGUCCAAAUUUGAAGCAUCCUUUGGGCUGCUGAAUUGUUGUGGAGCCAUUGAUGCAACACACAUCAUCAUGACCCUUCCAGCUGUACAAACCUCAGAUGAUUGGUGUGACCCAGAGAAUAAUUACAGCAUGCUCUUGCAGGGAAUUGUCGAUCAUGAAAUGAGAUUUCUUGAUAUUGUUACAGGUUGGCCGGGGGGAAUGACGGUUUCUAGGCUAUUGAAGUGUACUGGAUUCUUCAAACUCUGUGAGGGCGGAGAGCGUUUGAAUGGAAAUGUAAGAACUUUAUCUGGAGGAGAGGAAAUUAGAGAAUUUAUAGUUGGUGGGGGUGGGUACCCUCUUCUUCCUUGGCUCUUAACUCCUUACGAAACUGAUGGUCUCUCAGCAUCUAUUUCCACUUUCAAUGCUAUGCACGAGGCUGCAAGGUUGCUUGUGGUGAGAGCAUUCUCACAGGUAAAGGGUAGUUGGAGAAUUCUUAAUAAGGUAAUGUGGAGACCUGAUAAGCGAAAAUUGCCAAGCAUUAUCUUGGUAUGUUGCUUACUGCACAAUAUUAUAAUCGACUGUGGAGAUAAUUUACUUCAAGAUGUAGCUUUGUCUGGUCAUCAUGACUCGGGAUAUGGAGAACAGUUCUGUAAGCAAGCUGAUCCGUUGGGAAGGACACUGAGGGAAAAGCUGGCCAAAUACUUCCACCAUAGCAAAGAGAAAGCUCCAUCAAAGUAAUCUGUUUCCAUUCUUUGCACAGUACUAGUUCAACCUCCAGAAUCUGGUUUCUUGUAAAGCUUCAUUUUGCUGUGGGAGCAAAGACUAAGAUGUGAACCAUUUUGUUCUUGAAGAGCCAUUUGGUUUUCUGAACAUAAAUUAUAUUGAUAUUUUCCUAUCUGUUUUGGGAAAAUGUCGGGAUCACAGAUUCUUUGCAUCUAGAGGAUCAGUUUCGUAUAGUGUGGAUUUAAUCUCAUUCUAACAACUACUGUAAUACUGUAAUAAAAUAUAGAGGUUUCGUAUGAUUAA